AUGGGAAAUUAUUUAGAAAAACCUAGAGACUGUUUUGAUUAUAUCGAAACAUUACAAACCAAAUGUAUUAUAAAAAAACUUAGAAGACAAAUUUUUAAUAACAAGUAUGAAGUACUUAAAGAUAAUCAAAUGAAUGGUAUUGGGGAUUUGUUGCAUUCUUUCCAACGAACUAUUUGGAAGGGCAAUUUUUCCUCACCAGUAGAAAAGAAUUUACAUAAUGGUGCAAAAGUGCUUGGCCUUGGAUAUGGCACCAAAUCUUUGCUCAAGGAACUUAGCAAUGAAUAUCCAAGAAGCUCUUUUGUGGGGAUAGGUCAAAAGGAAACUUUUAUUUCAAAUGAAAAUAAAAAUUUAAAAUUUAUUACGCAUAAUUUUCUUAAUAAUGGUAUCCCUUAUGAGGAUAAUACAUUUGAUUUCAUUUAUAUGAAUAUUAUGACGAAAUACUUUACGUUUGUCGAAUGGAAGAACCUUAUUGCGCCAGAAAUUUUUCGAGUUUGCAAACCUGGUGGUUGGAUUGAAAUUGUCGAUUCAGAUUUUAGGAUAUAUAAUGCUGGACCCAAAACAGAGCUUUGCAGUAAAAAAUGGUUAAGCGCAAUCGGAAUCAAUUCCAAUAAAAUACCUAAUUUGAAAAAAUUACAAAAUAUAGUGAAUUCAUAUCAAGAACUUAAUUUUACGAUUAUUAAAGAAAAAAUUUGCCCUUGGUAUCCAAUUCAAACUAAAUGUUCCGAUAAGCCUUACGAAAUCGUAAGCGAAUUUCUAGAUUUAGUUUAUCCAUGCAUAGCAAAACGUCUAGAAUUAAAUCGUGAAGAUUAUACCCAAUUAUCAGCGCAAACGAUUGUUGAAAUUGCUGAAAAUAAAACAUAUAUUUCACCAGUAGUAAAUCUUGACCAUUUUUCAAAAAAAGAAAAAAAUCAAUGUGCUCCCGGCGAGGAUCGAACUCGCGACCUUCGCGUUGCUCAACUCUCACUUCUUUUCACAAUGUCGUUUCGUUUAAAUUUUGCGCAACCAAUUUUGACAUUAAUCUAUAAUCCAAUAUGUAGUAAAUCUAACAAGGUCUUAUCAAUUCUUCAUGAAGCGUUAGAAAAACAACCAGGUGUCUUUAUAUUGGAUUUAUUGGACUACCAAAAACAACCUCCUACUAAAGAUCAAUUGACAAAUAUUAUUCAUUAUCUUAAUCUUGAAAAUGAUUUAAAUCAAAUCUUACGCAACGAAAAUGAAAAUGUUGCUGCCGAAGGAGCAACCAAGGGAAAAGGACCAAGUUCAAUUCAAGAGUUAGCUAAUCUCGUUAAAGAACAACCUAUUAGGUUGCAAAGACCUAUUCUGGUUGAUUGGAAUAAAGGUAGAGCCAUUAUCGCUCGUCCUCCCGAAAAAGCUGGCGGAUUUUUAAAAGAUUUGGGUUACGUGAAAUAA